AUGUCUGCAAUAUGUAAAAUUUCUUUUUAUUUUCUUCUUACAGAUGAUAUAAUUAAACUGAACAAGAAAGAAGAGAGAAAGCAAUAUUCCCCCAAAAUUAAAAGAGGGCUUCAGCAGAAUCGAACUCGACAGUUCAGAACACCAGGCUCCAAGUGGGGAAUCCAACAGCAGAAAGGUUAUGGUAAAAAUCGAUUGGGACGCAGAAAGAAGAUAGCAGGGAAAAAGCGUUCUUACGGAGUUAUAACUGGCUUGGCAGCCAAGAAAGCAGCGAGUUCACGCAAAGGAGUUAGUCCUCUCAACAGACAGCCGCUUAGCGAGAAGAAUGCACAGCGGAAUUAUCCGGUUUUGAAAAAGAAAACAAACCAGCAGAGACAAUCUGAAAUACAGAGAAAACAAGCUCCAGCCCUCAGGAGGCCUGCCCCGCUAAACAGAAGGAAUAACAUGCCGUCCACUUUUGCCAGAAUUGGAAACAAACUAAAUCAGCAGAAGGACACUCGUCAAGCAACUUUCCUGUUUAGAAGGGGCCUGAAGGUGCAGGCCCAAGUACAGUCAGCAGAUGAUCUUGAUAAUCAAACAAUAAAGAGAACUCGCCAAUGGCGAACUUCCACCACAACUGGAGGGAUUCUGACAGUGUCCAUUGAUAACCCAGGAGCAAUCAUAGCCCCAAUUUCCCAGAAAUUACGAUUAAGUCGUACUCCGGUGCCACCAUUUCUGAUGAAGAGGGACCAAUCUGAAGAGAAGAAGAUUCCCAAAGGCGUUCCAUUGCAAUUUGAUAUUAAUAGUGUUGGGAAACAGACAGGGAUGACAUUGAAUGAACGUUUUGGGAUCCUGAAGGAGCAAAGAACAGCCCUAUCUCAGCACAAAGGAAGCCGUUUUGUAACAGUGGGCUAA